AGUCUUGGAGUUUGCUCUUUUCAUUUCCUCCACUCCGUCGAAAAGGUGUAGCCGUGCGCCCUGCGAUGGAGACAGGAGUUCCUGCAGCAGUGGCGGCGCCUUCCAACGGCCGCCGUCGUGGCGGAGGCGGGAGGCGGCGGGCCGCACAACGCAAAGCUGGCAGCUCCUCCACCGAUGCCACCGCGGCGGCGGCAGCAGCAGCAAGGCACUCCACUACCUCCUCAACGGCAGUGCACUGCGUGGACUUCCAAUCGCUCGUGCAGGCGUCGCAAGAGAAGACUCUGCGGGCCGUGGUGACAAGCCUGCCUUCUAUUGGUCUGCAGGCUACCCAGGUUGGCCGGGGCCGUGAGAUGGUUCAGCAGAUGCUGCACCAUCGCGCUAAAGGCGAUCGUGUCUUUCUCGCCUACACGUCGAAUCUCAUCUCCUGUGGGCUUCGAGAUACCUUUGCCUACUUGGCGCGGGAGCGUCUGGUGGACUGCGUUAUUUCCUCCGCCGGUGGCAUCGAGGAGGACGUGAUCAAGUGUGGCGGGAGUACCGUGCUGGGCCAGUUCAACCUCGACGGCCGCGCGCUGCGUCGCCGCGGCAUCAACCGCAUCGGCAACUUGUUGGUGCCGAAUGACAAUUACUGCUGGUUCGAAGACUUUUUCAUGCCGGUGCUGGGGUCUCUGCACGAGGCGCAGCGGGCUUCGCGCUGGCAGACGCACACCCGCCCCUCCGAUUUUAUUGAGGCAAUGGGCGCCGCGAUGGAGAAGGAGCACCCCGACACGUGCGCAUCGAGCCUGCUGUACUGGUGCUACAAGAACUCUAUCCCCGUAUUUUCUCCGGCCUUCACGGACGGUUCGAUGGGAGAUAUGAUUUACUUUUAUAACUUCUCGCAGAAGGGACUUGUGGUGGAUCCGCUGAAGGACGUGCUGCGCCUGCGUGGGCUCGCGGCGGCGCGAGGGACGGGCCGCAACACCGCCAUCGUAUUAGGCGGCGGGCUCCCGAAGCACCACCUACUUCACACGGUGCCGAUGGACGCGGUGGUGAUGGUCACGACGGGACUAGAGGCGGACGGCUGUGUCAGUUCGAGCGUGUUGGCCGACGAUAUCGCCUGUGGCCUGCUGAACAAGGAUACGGAGGUGGUUCGCGUGCAAGGGGAUGCCACCGUGGUGUUUCCGCUGAUGAUGAUCGUGGACGAGGCACCUCAGAGUUGA